GAAAAUAGCUGGCAACGAUGCGUCAACUCCCAUGUCAGAAGCCUUUGUGCUUUGCAAGCCAGUCUAGUCCUCAGGAAAAAAAACAGCUGGAAUCUGGAACUGAGCCUAGCAAACAGUCGAAGACAAACCCUGGACAUUUACUGAGCUGAAAGGUUGCUUCUCACCGGGGCCUCAACAAUAAUGCUGACUGAACAUGGAGGCUCCUGAGUACCUGGAUUUAGAUGAGAUUGACUUUACUGAUGAUUCAGUGUAUUCUGUGACAUCCUUGAAGAACAUUCCAGAGUUGUCCAGAAGAAACGAUGGUCAGGGAGAGGAAAGGCAAGGUUUGUCCCCAGCCAUCAACUGGAGCCGUGGGGUCUCAUCACAUAGCGGCAGUGGAAUCAAGCCAACUGGCAUCGCCGACGUCCACAGCAAAUUCCGACCUGUGAAGAGGGUCUCACCGCUCAAACAUCAACCGGAAACCUCCGACAAUGAGAGCGACAGCAAGGCUCAGGCUCGCAAUGGGGAAGGUGGCACCAAAGAGGAGGCCUCUGACAAAACGCAUGUGGCCCCUUGUGAAGGCCAAGGCUUUAAAGCCAAGAGCUCGGGUACCGGAGGAACUGUUUUUGGGGAACUGGAGCAUUACGACCUGGACAUGGACGAGAUACUGGACGUGCCUUACAUUAAGUCCAGCCAGCAUGUUUCCACUCUGCCCAGAGUUUCCCAUGACAAAAGGACGGUGGGCGGCGCCACCGAUAGGUGCCAUGGUGCCUCAGGACUACCCCACCCCGAGAGCCUUGGAAACGUCGCCCAAUACUGCAUGCUGUCACCCGUCAAGUGGUCCGACAUGAGGAAGUCGAAAUCUCUGGACCCGGACUACCACCGGCCGCCCAACGGGGGCUACGACCACCCCUCUCUGGGGCCGCUCAGCUGUUCAUCUGCCUCGGACCUGGACGUUCUCUUAGCCAACAGGUCCUACCUGGAGCCGGUGCAGCACAAGCCUGGGGGCGUCAGCGCUGGGAACAGCCAGGCAAUGAUGUUCCCUCUUCAGGUUUCCGCGGCCAGGCAGGACACCGCCAAGACCCGGGGCGGUCCACGAGCAUACACAGAGUGCGACGAGGAGAACAAGAAAUCUCAGAACAUCAUCAAAAUCAUCCGCGAGGGGCAGAUUUCUCUGUUGCCCCACCUGGCUGCGGAUAACCUGGAGUUGAUCCGGGACGAGGAGGGGAACAACCUGCUGCACAUUGCGGCAGCCCAGGGCCACGCUGACUGCCUGCAGCACCUCACCUCCCUCAUGGGAGAGGACUGCCUCAAUGAGCGCAACCAACAACAGCUCACACCCGCCGGGCUCGGGGUGAAGAACGGCCAUUUGGAGUGUGUGCGCUGGAUGGUGAGCGAGACGGAGGCGAUCGCAGAGCUGAGCUGUAGCCGAGAGCACCCCAGUCUCAUCCACUACGCAGCCCGCUACGGUCAGGAAAAGGUCUUGCUGUGGCUGCUCCAGUUCAUGCAAGAGCAAGCCAUCUCUCUGGACGAAGUGGACCAGUAUGGAAACAGUGCAGUGCAUGUGGCCGCUCAGUACGGCCACCUCACAUGCAUUCAGACCCUGGUGGAGUACGGCUCCAACGUCACCGUGCAGAACCAAGGCGGUGAGAGGCCUUCCCAGAGUGCUGAGCGGCAGGGCCACACCACCUGCGCCCGCUACCUGGUGGUGGUAGAGACGUGCAUGUCUCUGGCAUCUCAAGUGGUCAAGCUCACCAAGCAGCUCAAUGAACAUGCAACAGAGAGAAUAGCUCUGCAGAAUCAAGUGCAGUCACUCCUGGAUCCCUCCAGACCCGAGGGAACGCCGUCCCAAACGCCCAGCUCCCAUGUCCCGCCCCUGGAGGCGUGGCCCGAGAUGACCCUGACGGCGGAGGGCACCCCGGGCGAUGGCCACUGGAUCCUGAGGCAGAGGAGUGUCGACUCAGACGCCGUCCUGCGCCAGCUGCUUGGCAAGGACAUCUCAGAGAAGGUGUGCACCAAAGAGAAACUGUCCCUGGAGUUCCAGGAGGGCUUCAGAGAGGGGCCAACCAGCCUGAGCGUGGUCAACCCUGGGCCCCUGCGCAGGACGGGGGCUGCGGAGAGACGGGAGUUGAAGCUGGCCCGGCUCAAGCAGAUCAUGCAGCGCUCUCUCAGCGAGUCUGACUCGGACGCCUACCCACCCGACGAGGCCAAACACGGGGUGCGGCUGGAAAGACCCAGCCACCUGCCCAUCGCCGAGAGCGAGGAGGCUAUGGUCGGCCUACACCCGGGAAUGAAAAAGCACACGUCAACCGCCGAACGCAAGUCUGCCUUCGCCCUCAGCAGCUCCAAGUCCAUGGACGGAUACAACCCCUCGCCCACGUCAGACAAAAGUGACCCGGACGCCGACGGGAAAGUGGAGGGCGCCUCAGAUUUCCCCGACCACAACCACGGACAAAAGAUCCCCACAAGCCCCAAAAGCGCCCUCAAAUCGCCAUCCUCUCGAAGGAAGACCUCCCAGAACCUGAAAUUGAGGGUGACCUUCGACGAGCAGGUGGUUCACAAGGCGGGCCCCCCAGAAAGCGAGCCACCCAAAAGCAGCAGUAAAGAGGGAGGUAGGACUCCCACGGGCUCCGACAUAGUGAAACGCCCGUUCGGGACAUUUCGGUCCAUAAUGGAAUCGCUGAGUGGGAAUCAGAACAGCAGUAAUAAUAACGCUCAAGCGUCUCCCACUGUCAGACAGUCUAAUUGUGGUGCCUCCCAGGGUUCCCCUGGAAAGAAAACGUCUGAGACUAAAACCAGUCCUGCUGGACACUCCAAAGGAAAGAGCAAAACGAGUGCAGUUUAGGGAGGCUUUUUUUAAGUAACUGUUUUAAUAAACUUGACGCAAGUAUUUUUUGAUGUAACUGAAGGAUUUCCUGUUUUUCUUAAUAUGCGUGGUGUUAAAUCAAAUAACGGGCCUUAGUGUCCCAUCAAUAUUGACGUCCAAUGCAAUUGUGAAAGACAAUAUUUAUUGUUAUGCACACACAGUUACAUCAUUGGGAAUACAAUUGGUGGUUUUUCACAUGCAGUACAUGUGUACUAGCACAUUAAUUAUAUUUUAAACCACUGUAUAUAUUUAACGCUUCAUUCACACCACUUUUAGUCCUUAGUGUCAUUAUCUAUGCAGUUGUUGGUUAUUGCCAAUAUUUAAGUUCCGGUUUGUAUCUGUGACAUGAAUUGAUGAUAUGUUUGAAUGCAGUGUUUUAAUAUCAUGUGAUUUCAACUGUUCUUUUCUAAUCACAGUUGAAUUGUUAAUGGUGGAACAUGGUUCAUAAUGUUUUUAUUUCUGGUGUGACAUGUUUUACAAAAACAGGAUUUGGUAAUUCCCCCAGUACAAUCUUAAAUAAUAUUAAAGGUGCAAUGAAUCUAGUGUGUGAAUGUUAAAGGUGUGAUUUACAUUUUGUAAAAGUCAUUUUUGUAAGCAACAGAAUGAAUGCACCAAAUAAUUUGUGAUGUUCUGUCACCUUGUUAUUUAAAUUGUUACAUCAAAUUGCAAUCUGAAAUAAAUUGUUUCUUGUCUUUA